AUGCCGCACAAAGUCAACGAGUCAAAUUCCACGCUGUCCAGCAGUGGCAGCAGCUCCAGCGGUGACCAGGUGGUGGUCGUCCCCAACCUGCGAGGGUCUAAUAAUGCCGGCCCCCGGAAAUCACAACCCCCGGUGGUCAUCCAUAACCACGGCGGUCAGACUUACGAUGAGACGAGGCCGUCUGACUGGGAUAGACAGCGAUGGAAGUAG